CUGAUCAACUUCCCGCUUCGAUGACAUCGUUUACUGGUUAUAUCGUCAUCAAAAGACCGGAACAUAACCAGUUUAUCUCUGGCAAUAAGCACAGACCCAAAACAGCAGGAACAUAGAUCUCUAUAUACCGACAAAGAAGUUAUAGUGUUUUGUAUCUCUGUCAUAUUGCAUAUAGUCAUUAAGCGAUAAUUUUCUUCGCCUCCACAGACGACUUUGGAAGAGUUAACACGAGAUAUAUGGAUGAUAGUCGAUUGGCCGAGUUGUCUUUGGUAUACAAAUGGAUAUACUGUGGAAACUUAAUCUGAAAUAAAGAAGAGAAAAACCUUCACAAUAAACUUCAUUUGAGAACAAUAAUUUUGGUGCAAACUCGUGAAUGUUUACAACAAACUUCCAAUCAUGAAAUCAUUUUGUUUAUUGUUUGUGAUGAUUUUGGAAACGAAUUUAUGGUUUUCAUCGGACGGAUACUUUAUUUCAUCAGUUAACCUUGUGAAUGGGAGCUCUACUCACGAAGGACGUAUUGAAGUCCAGGUCAAAGAAGAAAAUGAUGACGAUGUUGACGAGAUCAAAUAUGGAGUCUUAUCGGACAUUGGCUGGACAAUUGACACGGCAGACCGGGUUUGUCAGAAUGUAGGCUUUCCCAAUGCUAUUUUUGCCCCUGGUCAUUCGAGAUUUGGCAAAGGGCAACACUCGAAAUUUUUCGAAAUUGGAGAUCCCCCAAACAUAGUUACACUGGUUUGUGUAUAUGAGGGAGACAGUGAUGUGGACAGCGGAGAAUCUGUAGCUGACUGCAGCCAGUUGAACAUACAGACCGCAGGUGUUACAUGUAAUAAACCCAAAUGUUUUCGAAUUCCCGGUCGCGAACGAGGUCAAGUCACAAUAAUAGAAGAAGAUGAAAUAAGAACCAACGAAGAUUGUCUGCUGCUAUGUCAGGGAGGAGGAACUGUCUUUGCUGCACAGAGGGACGAAAUGUGUUUCUGCUUCAAUGACUCUUCCGUUUUAGAUGAAGCAGAUGAUGGUUGCGACAACCCAUGUGCAGAUAAUAAUAGGCAGCUAUGUGGUGGGGGACGAGAUGUCUUUACAGUUUUUAAUGUAUCAGCAGGAUUCUGCCCCGAGAUCUCUGGCGUCAAUCUGAACGUGUAUGGAAGGUACCGAUUUGGUGACAUAGUGAGGGCGAAUUGUAGUGGUGGCAAACAGCUGAUGGGCGAUGCUGUCUUGCAAUGUGUGAGCGGUCCUGAUAUAUUUGAAUGGAAUGGUACCAUUCCCACAUGUGUAGAUGGUACCACAAUGGGACCAAUAGUUACCUUUUCUCCAAUAACUCGGCCUUUAGGGAUGAGUACAACACUCCAACCAACAGGUACAAGAGGUGAAAAAGUGACAGAUAUUUCACCAACCAUGUCAACGGUAAGCGGUAUGGGGAUGGGAGCUAGAUCGGACUCCAAAUCUUUAGCUGUUCCAAUAACUGUGUCUGUUAUCAGUGUGGUGAUUAUAGCAGUUCUUGCUACAUCCAUAUUCUUCUACUUCAACAGAAUGAGGAAGAAAGAAUCUGAUAUGAAACCAGAACCGACGCGUCGAGAAUCGGAGUUCAACAACAAGAGUUAUAGUAUGCACAAAAUUCCCAACAACGAUGGGCCAAGUUACUAUGAAGUUAAACCAAAUACACUCGCGCCAGACACAAUUAUAGGUACUGAUGGUCUCAUAGACAAUGUUCUAUACAAGCCAGCCGAUGAUGUCCGAAGAGAUACGAAUGAACAUGAACCUGAUAAGGGCUCUUCGCAAAAUCCAUCUCAGUACGGACUGAUUGACAAUAUUUUGUACAAACCAGCCGAUAAUAUCCGAAGAGACCCGAAUCUACAAAAACAUAAUCAGAUUUCACCAAAUGACACACCUCACUAUGGACUCAUAGACAAUGUUCUUUACAAACCAGUAGAAAACGCGGGAAACACACAAGUUCAUAACUUUCGUCAAUCUCCGAACGGCAACGAUCUUCCACCGAAUGAUUCCGAGUAUGCUUACCCAGAAGGAGAAACAUCUCGAGGCUUUCAUCAAGAAGGAGAAAUGAUUGAUAACAUACUCUACAAACCAGCUGAUAACCAAACGAGACAACCUGGUUUUGCUUCAAGAAAAUACUAUGAAAUCAAACCAGGAUUUACUCCUGUCGGUUACGAAGGAGCUGAUCCUCUAUUUUCAGGGAACAUUGUCACGGACGGACCAAGGUAUCAUGACAUCGAACCCCAGUCAGAACCCACUCCGUCACGUACCAAAUUCACUGGAUACGACUCUCUACACGGCAUCGACGACGAUGCUUCAGACUUUACGAUAUCAGAUCGUAGUGGCCAGCGACUUGUAAUUCGCUCAGAUGACCCAUCAUCAACGAGUCAUGAAUACGUCGAUGUUGAUAACGAUGGGGAGUUAGCAUCAAAGAAUCCUUCUACAGAUGGUGCUACUUCUCCCUUUGAGAAGAACAAACCCUUUCCUAGCUAUGCCACUGUACAGAAGAAGUCAUAAACCAUCUCAAAGUCUGCGCUAGUGGACUAGAAGCCUUGCAAAGUAAAUGCUUUACUCUUCGUUAAUAAUGUACGUUUCACAAUAUGAGAAUGUUAAUACUAUUAACAAUGAUAAUAUUGAAAUUAUUAAAUUCAUAAAGACAAUAAGCUAAUCACUCAUUUUGCCGCGUCUUCUCAUUGUUUUCUCAACUAUUACGUCACUUCAUGAAAUGCUCAAUCCAUGGUAUUAUUCAAAGACAAUACGACUUUUCAUGUUAACUACAAGAUAAAGACUAACCUUUGGGAAUUUGAAAUUUCAACUAUUGUUUUCGUCUACAUACACAAUAUGCUAUGAGUGAUAUAUCUUGAAAGAUACUCGGAGGAAACAAAGCAUGGAAUAUUAUCAAUCAAGUAAAUGUUUUGCCCUGCAUGCUAAACGAUUUGCCAACUUGGGAUUUAGGUAGAUUUAAGUCGUUUGUUGUUUAAAAUUCAUAGAUUUUUUUAUUCAUUAGCUAUUUAUUUAGAGUUUUUUCUAUUGUGUCAACUUUCAUUUAAAUCAUAUUUAUAAUCAAAUUUUAUAUUUGCCUGUCAUCCAAAUAACAAUCAUCGUAUAUAUUUUUAUUACAAAGGUUUGCUUAUGUGUCAGUGGGGAAUAUAGACUGCAAACUUGUCCCAGAGAAAGUUGAUAUUGUGAGGACUGGUUAUUGGAACAACUUGUAUUUUGAUAAACAAACAUUAAUGAAAUAUAGAAUGAAAAGACAAAGGCCUAGCUAAUAUUUACCAAAUU